CACUAAGGCUGUGCUCUACCACUUGAGCCCUAGCUCCACUUCCAAGCUUGUGGUGACUAAUUGAAGAAUCUUGACAUUCCUACCUAGGCUGUCUUGGAACCAUGAUCCUCAGAUCUCAGCCUCCUGAGUAGGUCUAAUGGAUCCCCCACUUUGCAAACUCCCCGAACUUGAAGCUGCCAAACCCCAACUGCAACCACAGGCCUCCUGUCUGGCCGCCACACCCGGAGCAGAAAGAAAGUUCCAUGUUCUUGUGGGUGUCACCGGGAGCGUGGCUGCCCUGAAGUUGCCUCUUCUGGUGUCAAAGCUUUUGGAAAUCCCCGGGCUGGAAGUCACAGUGGUGACAACAGAGAGAGCCAAACAUUUCUACAGCCCCCAGGAUGUCCCGGUCACUCUCUUCAGUGACGCUGAUGAAUGGGAGAUGUGGAAAGGCCGCUCCGACCCCGUGCUCCACAUCGACCUGCGCAGGUGGGCAGACCUCAUGCUGGUGGCCCCCCUGGAUGCCAACACUCUGGGCAAGGUGGCCGGUGGCCUCUGUGACAACCUGCUGACCUGUGUCAUCCGUGCCUGGGACCGCAGCAAGCCGCUCCUCUUCUGCCCCGCCAUGAACACGGCCAUGUGGGAACACCCCGUCACCGCCCAGCAGAUCGGCCAGCUCAAGGCCUUUGGCUACCAGGAGAUUGCCUGUAUAGCCAAGAAGCUGGUGUGUGGAGAUCAAGGUCUGGGGGCCAUGGCUGAGGUGGACACCAUCGUGGCUCAGGUGAAGGAGGUCCUCUCGCAGCAGGGUUGACUUGGGGCGUCCGUCUGAGCACAGCAACGGAUGUCAAGACAAACGUGCCUUGGGUCUUGGGUUCGCCGCAGAGCAAGUGUCUGGAGCCUGGGCUGGAGCUUCUCCAGAGCCUGACCUCUCCCUGCUUGGCUAGACCCCAGGCCCAGGCCCCGGCUAAGCUUUUCACCAGGCCAUGCCCACUUCCAGAUGCUCCCCCCCCCCAUCUCUUACCGGGUCAGCCCUAGGGCUUAGCACAGGGGAACAGGCUGCCGGUGCUCCUGGGAAUUGCUUUCAGAAAUACCCUCACUAACCAGGCACUAGUAGCUCACACCUGUAAUCCCA